GGCGGGGGUAGCGAAAGAUCCCGGAAGGAAAGAGGAAAAUAAACAUAGGACUGGGGGGGGGGAUGGAGGUAUGAGCGCGAUAAUUAUAGCUGUCCAGACAGCGGCCGGGAGAAGAGGCGACACCUGAGCUGAGGUCACUGUCACUGAGAGAGAGACACAAAAUUACAAACGCCCGCCAAUUUCUAACAGUCUGAGGAGCUUUCCUGAAGAAGUGGGAGAGAUGGGGGAUUCUUCUCAUAAGUCUAUAUUUAGUAUUGAAGAGUUUCCAGCAGCAGAAAGGGGGUCUGCAUUUUCAGGAACAAAUCCUCCAGGUUUUGGAGCAGAUCCUGAACACAAGAGUUCCCCUAACUUGAGACGAAUAAAAGGAAAAGAACCUCGGCAUCGGACAGAAUCUGCUUCAGAAGCCUCAGAGACGGACAAUGUUGGAGAGCUUCACCAUUUCCGCUCACGUUCACGCUCUGCUCCAUCUUCUCUAAUGGUUGCAGCUCGAUAUGGACGAGAGCUGAGGCGAAUGAGUGAUGAAUUCGACCAAAUCUUCACGCAUUCAUAUGAUAAUCUUCUGCAGAGUAUCCCUCGACCUAAAAGUGCAAGUGCAGCCACUGAGAUGACCGUUAGCAAGAGUUUCACAGAAACAUUUUUGAACUUCUUUAGAAGAAAGAAUAAAGACAGAAAUGAGUCAGAAAAUGACAAGCACUGAACAUUCAUUUUGUGGAGGAGAAAAUACUGUGCUGCAAUACAGAUGGCGACGCUCUUCUUCUAUACGGGUGCACAUUGCUAUUUAUAGAAAAUGGACUAAACCACUGAACAGAAGCCUUACGUGAUGACUUGUGAGGUGGAUUAUGAAACGUGCCACAUAAUUUUCUUUUGUUUGCUAAAAUUGUAAAAUAAAUAAUACAAUGUUAAAUCUGUAUAGAGAAAGCAAACAAAACGAACACAAGCAUGACAUCGUCCAGCAAGCACCAUAAGUUUACUUUGCUUGUCCUCCACUUGCGUCGAAUGCCAAAGCCUCCUUAAAUACCAUUAUAUCCAGAUAUGGGGCACGCAGUGACACUACCCUCCCCAAAGCCAACGUUGGGUAUCCGAGCAGCCAAUUGCCAUACUUCAAUGCUAUUUUGUAAAAUGUGAUUGAGCAUGCUGAGCCUUGCCCUUAUGAAUUUUAGGGGGCACUGGCAGUGGAUACCAGCCUAAGUUAAGUGCAAGUAACUUAUGGCGUCUGCUAAACAGUGUCAUGGAAACUUUCAUUUGUUUUCUCUAUACAAAGUGACUUUGAAUGAACAAAAAUGUUUUUGGAAGGGUUGAAAACUUCAGAAUAAAAUGUGAACUUUUUUUUAUUGUAAAAAAUGUUUUUACUUCAACAAUAACAAUUUGCAAGGUUUUCAUACUCUUUUUACUAAGCACAACUGUUAAAAUAUAAAUAAGCAUUUUUUUUUUUUUUUUAAUAAAAUGUAAGACAGGUAACUGCACUUUUGUCAGCAGAGCCAGGUUGAACAACACUGUCUUGUGCCAAUAUAUUAUAUCAUACAUUGGCCCUUUAUGGUUCUUAAAUAAAUGAUUAUAUGCAAAUGUU